AUGGGAAGACUCAGGAAAAUCCGGCUCCAUAACUUCAAAUCAUACGAUGGACAGCGCGAUAUUCCGAUUGGAGAGGCAUAUUUCACGUCGAUUGUCGGUCCAAACGGCUCAGGAAAGUCCAACUUGAUGGACGCCAUCUCUUUUGCGUUGGGGCUUAAUUUGGAACUAAUUCGGGUCAGUGAGCCACAAAGUCUUGUUUCUGAGGGCGCUCGCAAGGGCACUGCAUUUGUGGAACUCGAAUACGAGCGCCAGAACGGUACUGUUGUGAAAUUCAAGGGCUCUAUUCGCAACAACCAGUGUUUCUAUGCGAUCGAUGGCAAAGAAAUGGACCACCAGAAUUACAAGGAUGAGCUGGCCAAAGAAAGCAUUCUGGUGGACGCCAAAAACUUUCUGGUAUUUCAAAAUGAUGUUGAACGCGUGGCAAAUGGUAAUCGCGAGGAGAUUUGUACUUUGAUUGAGCGCAUAUCGGGGUCUGUCAACUGCAGACCAGAAUAUGAGCGGACCAAGAAGAAGCUGGAGCGGGCAAAACGUGCCGCUACAGCCGCCUUUGCUGCAAGGAAGGAACUGAAAGCUGAAAUCCAGCAGUACACGCAACAGGAACGGACAAAAGCCGAAUUUGAUGGGCUUAAGGAAGAACUCAAGCAAAAGAGGGUUGAGUUGGUCGAGAAGCGGAUAUUAUUGCACGACUUGAGAUCUUUGGAAACCGAACAAAACCGGAAGGAAAUUGAGGCAGGUCUACAGGCUGCCAAGCAGGCGGUUGAAAAUGCCCAAAAGACUUAUGAUCAAGCUAGUCGCGAAUAUGCCAUCGCUCGUCGAGAGGCGGUGCGAGGAGAAGCUCUGUCUCGCGAGCAUCAGGACAAAAUUAGCUCUUUGGCAACUGACCAGGACAGCCUAAAGCGCAAAAUUGAGUUAGCCAAUAAUGAUUCCGAGGCCUGGAAAAACAAAAUUGAGUACUCUAGCAAACAAUUAGAGCAGGCUGGCGCUGAGCUGAAGCAAGCCGAAAAGGAUCUCCGCAUCGUCGAGCGUGCCGAACAAGACCUUGAAGAAAAGUUUGCUUCGCUCGAGAGUAUCAGCAGUCUAACUCAAGAGCAGCAGGAAGAGUUUCUUCAAUUGAAAUCCCAGUACCUUCUCCAGACUAAUGACGCCCGCCAAGAAGAAGGCAGGAUCGAACGCCAGUUGACCCUUAAAGAAAAUGACGAGUCGAUUUUGACCGAUAAUUUGGCAACGGCCCAACUACGUGUCGAUAAACUCAAAGAAGAACAUGAACUUGUUGAGAUCGAAAAGAAUCAGCUUGAAACAUUCAUCAAAGAACGGAAAGAAGUUCUUGUUAGCAAGCGGAAGGAGCUUGAGCAAAUUGGUGUUGAUUUGCAAAAGAGCCGGAGUAAAAUCGAGAACCAGAAAAUGGCUCUGUCCAAAGCAUCUUCCGAUCUACGUCAAUCCGAUGGUAGUAUCGAGCACGCAAAGAUCCGCAACAACUUCUUAGAUGCGGUUGCUCGUCUCAAGCGUAAAUUUCCUGGUGUUGUCGAUACAAUGUCCAAUCUUGUUGAGCCCAAAGAAAAGCGAUUCAACCGUGCGGUCGACCGUGUUCUUGGUGCGCACUUUGAUAGUGUUGUUGUCAACAACUUUGACACCGCUUCUAAAUGCAUCGAGUACCUGAACAAGGAGGAGCUUGGCCACAUGACCUUUUUGCCAAUCGAUGAUCUCAAAGUAAAUAUUGUGGAUCGCAUGUUACGAACGAUUCAUCCCAAAGCCCGUCUAGCUAUCGAUGCAGUUCAAUACUCUGACAAGGCACGCAUUGCGGUAGCAUUUGUUUGUGGUAAUACGCUGAUCUGCGAUGAUCUUGAUAUCGCGCUUUCUUUGCGCAAACAAAAAAACGUCAAGUCUCGGCUGGUGACAAUUGAAGGCUCAUUGGUACAUUCAAACGGUGCGAUCACUGGCGGUAUUGUGAAAGAAACCACCCGCUAUGAUGAACGUCAAUUAGUUACGUUACAGCGAAAGAUUGAAACGCUUGUUGAGAGUAUCAACAGUGAAACGAGUCAUGCUGCUGACCUCCAAUUCCAAGAGGAAGCUACAGCCACUGAUUACGACAAGCUGUCAAAGCUGGUGAAAUUCAAAGAAACCAGCCUGGAUACGGCUCUUAAACGGCUCGAAUCACUCCAAAGAGAGAUCGAACAUCUUGUAAGGGAAUCAAUUGAUCCCAAGAAGGAAGAGCUGCAAGAAGUGCAGCAGGUUAUUUCUGAUCUGCGUAGCCAGUUGGAUGCUGUCAAAGCACGGUUGCUUGAUGCUAAAUCUAAUGUCUAUGGAGCAUUCUGCUCAAAGACAGGUGUGGACAUUGACAACUACGAGCGCAACUUUGGCGUCGAGACCAGACAACGCCGUGAGCUCGCGAAACAACGCAUGCGGCUUGAAGACGUAUACCGUCUGGCGAAAGCCCAUUAUGAAGCUUCUGAGGCUCGAGUCAAUGAUCACAAAAAGCGUUAUACUGAGUUCCGGGAGUUCCUGGCGUCUCUUAACGAACGGUUGGCCGACGUUCAACGGGAACGCAAUGAAGCGCUAGAGCAAUACGAAGAGCUAAAGCAGUCCAUUGACGAAGCUACGGCGAAGGCCGAAAAGCUGAGCGAGGAUUUGGUUGCUCUGGAGGCGCAGAAGGACGAGCUGAAUGAGGCAUUCCAAGACGAAACCUCCAAGUACGAGGAAUAUGAAGAGACGCAAAACCUGCUCGAGGAGAAACGCAAAGCCAUUCUACGUGAUGCGCAGUUUGAUGGAAUUGAGGUGUCUGCUGAUCUGAGGAAGCAAGCUAAAGAACCGCAAGAAAGUGUUCUGGAACUCGAAGCGGCAAUGGUCACUUUGGAUUCCGAGAGCCGGGAGAUCAAGAACCGGCUCGAGUCUAUGGUCAUCAACACCAAUGCAUUAGAGUAUCUUGAGCGGGCGAAAGAACAACUGGAGAUUGCAAGCGAUGAUUUGGUAGCCAAACGUAAAGCCAGCGAAGUUGCCAGUAAAGAGUUUGACCAAAUCAAGGAGCAGCGACGCAGCACGUUCUGCGAAGCAUUCGAUCACAUCAAAUCAAACAUCAACGAUGUUUACCAGGAAUUGACCCGGUCUAGGCACCAGCCAAUGGGAGGAACAGCUAAUUUGGUUAUCAUUAACGAGGAUGAGCCGUACCUGGAAGGAGUGGAGUAUACGAUCAUGCCGCCGUCCAAGCGGUUCUGCGAACUGUCUCAAUUGAGCGGUGGAGAGCGUACAGUGGCCGCCCUGGCAUUGCUUUUCGCCAUCCACAGCUUCCAGCCUGCUCCGUUCUUCGUGCUGGACGAGGUGGACAGUGCGCUCGACUAUGUGAACGUGGCGUUGCUGGGCCAGUACCUUGAGCGGCAUGCCGGUCCGGACUUUCAGUUUAUUGUCAUUUCCUUCAAGUUGCAGCUGUAUUCGCAGGCUAACUCGCUAAUUGGUAUCUACAAGGACCCCAACGAGUACCGCUCGCAGGUGCUCAGCUACAGGAUGGAUGACGACGCCGUCAUGGGCAAUGAAUAA